UGUAUAGCACCUGUUGGGUCGUCAGUUGGCAGUCUGCUUCUCCAAAAAUACAGAUGCGGUAGUCCUGGUUUUAGCGACAGCUAAUAGUUCCAGUCUCCAGCAACCUCACCAAACAACUGGAGUCAUGUGUGCUCUGCAAUAUCAUCCACUUUACAAAUUGUAUCAAAUUGCGCUGCACGCUCGUGGUAUCUGCGACGACUGUGAAGUUUAUUCUAAUGCCUACUAAUCUUUGGACUGGAAUUGCUUUGGAAACUGAUUUUGGAAACUGAACGUCGCUACAGUAACGCAGUUCUCCCUGGGCAAAAAAAAUAAGUUGUACAUUUCAGCAUUUACGAAAUAUUUCACUCAAUAUGUAACUCAUUUGUUUCAUUUGAUGGAACCUCAAGCUGGAUAUGGAAAUUAUUUAAAGCGCAGCAGCAAUUUUCUAACGUCCAAGCCAAUUUUCCAUAAAAGCAACAGGUGCGCAUCCGAACCAAUAAGACUAGCGCAUAACGGCCAUUAGUUUCAACGUUUUCUUAUUGUGGACAUUACAGGAUUUUUAUGACGUACAUUGUUUUUCUCAAAGGACUCUGUUUUUGAAUGAGGUUAUGUGGAUUUUACUCUGCGUUUGUCCGCUACAAAAUGUCUCCAAAACAGCAUUGGUGUCGUCCAAACAACUGUUGUGCGUAGUGAACGAAAACGUCCCGUGAACAGUGCAUUGUAAUCGCCUUCUGCCACUAAUCCAAAUGAUCCUUCCAUUAUUCAUCCUACUUGUGUCGCUUCUCCAAAAACAUGGCUCAGAAGCUGAAUCAAGUCACAUCAGCAAAUUCCAACAACCAAGUUUAAAGGAACAAAACGGAGUCCAAGAUUCCCAGCAUGAGAAGAUCAUCCCCGUCACAGGAGAGGGAGUGAUCCAUAGUCCGGACUUCCCACUCACCUACCCCAGGAGUACCGUGUUGGUCUGGAGACUAGUGGCCUCCAAUGACAACAUGAGAAUCCAGUUAUCCUUCGACGAGAGGUUUGGCCUGGAAGACCCAGAGGAUGGAAUAUGCAAGUAUGAUUUUGUGGAGCUCGAGGAGCCGUCCGAGGACACCAUCCUGGGCCGCUGGUGCGGGUCCCAGGUACCCGCCAGCCACAUGUCCAAAGGCGGUCAGAUCCGGGUGAGAUUCAGAUCUGAUGAGUACUUCCCCUCCGAGCCUGGCUUCAGCAUUCGCUACUCCCUGCUCCCCAUGCCCGAGGAAAUUCCAUCUCUGCAGAGCGCAGAUGCGUUGUCUGAGGCCGUGGCUGGCCUCGGUACCGUGGAGGAGGUCAUGAAGUACCUGGAGCCUGAGAGAUGGCAGCUUGACAUGGAAGACCUAUACAAGCCCACGUGGCACAUCCUGGGGAAGUCAUUCCUCCACAACAAGAAAUCCAGAGGAGUGGAUCUCAACCUGUUGAGAGAAGAGGUGAGACUGUACAGCUGCACGCCGCGCAACUUCUCUAUCUCCCUGCGCGAGGAGCUCAAGAGGACGGAUGCCAUCUUCUGGCCCAGCUGCCUCCUGGUGAAGCGCUGCGGGGGCAACUGUGCCUGCUGCUCGCAUCGCUGCUCCGACUGCCAGUGUGUGCCUACCCGGGUCGUCAAGAAGUACCACGAGGUUCUCCUGCUGAAGCACCGAAGCGGGGGCCGAGGCCUGCAGAAGUCCAUGACCGAUGUGCCCUUGGAACACCACGAGGAGUGCGACUGUGUUUGCAAAGACGACUGGGACUGAUCUCAAACCUGUGUACCGGUGCCACCGACAUCCCAGGAGACACUCGAAACUGCAUGCGUCUUCCAGCAUCUCCCAGGCAAACCCUAACCAUCUCCAUUGAGAGUGAGGAGAAAAUGGGAUUGCUUUGCUUGUCCUUUCUCAUCUUGCUAAUUGGAUGAGAAUACAAACUGACUGGAACUACGGAUCUUGCCGCUGUGGAGGACCUGUAGCUGACUGAGUGCAUUGGAGAGACAGGAAUGAUGGACCUAUCUUAUUCAUUCUUCACUCUCUGAAGGCUCUCUCUCCCUUUGCUUCUCAGAGAUCGGAACUGGUGCUAAGGGACAUCUUUGGCAGCGUUUAGCGUCAUUUUUUGUGUGCCUUUUUUUGUGCCAAAUCCUUUAAGGGGUCUUGUUGAAAUUCAACACACGUGGCCAGAGAGUAUCUCGGAAAAUGGGCUCCUUCUUCUUCAAGUACUUUUCUGUACAGAAAUGAGCUUCCUUCAGGCCAAUCCCUCUGGUACUUUAUUAUUCCUAUAAAACGGGAAAAUAAUGGUCCUUUUUAUCAGCGAUUCCCCACUCCCCUCUGUUUUCCCAUCUAUUAGAUCUUUGGAGUUACAUCAUGGUAAUGUUGACUGUCUUACUGAUACAAACUAUAUUAUGUGUAAGUAUUUCAUUUUCAUGGUUUUUCCUGUACUGUUGUAUUUUUCUACCAAAGAUACUUGUAUUCAUUGAGGAGAUAAAGUUGCACACUUAAACCAAGUGGGUACAGUUUUGUUGCAUUUCAACGUACAUACCGUCGUAGCAAAGGUGUAAAAAUUUGCUUGCUUUAGAACUUCAUAUAACCCCAACUAGUGCGUGGAACAGAAUGGAUACUCAAUAUUUAUUUGUUCAAUGAAAGGGAAGUUAUUGUCCAGAAUGCUUUUUUGUAUGCUGAAAUGGUCGUUUCUCUGUCAUUUGCACAGUUGUUGAGUGUCCAUCUUCAAAUAUUUUCAUUUCUAUGUCCACGCCAUGUCAAAUAUGGGUGUGUUCUCUUCUCUGCGUACCAAAGUUAUUUAACACAACCUUUUAUGAUCUAUUUUGUUGUAUGUAUCGGUCAGUAGAAAUAAAUCAGUCAAUGUGUUACUGGA